AUGGCUUCUAAGGCUAUUGCUAAUAGACUGAAGAAGAUUUUGCCAUCUAUUAUUAGUGAUACCCAAAGUGCUUUUAUGCAUGAAAGGUUAAUCAUUGAUAAUGUGAUAGUUGCUUUUGAAACUAUGCAUCACAUAAGCCAGAAAAAGGGAGGAAAGAGAGGGGAAAUGGUGCUUAAACUCGAUAUAAGUAAGGCCUAUGACUGGGUGGAAUGGACUUGCCUUGAUAAAAUUAUGGAGAAAUUAGGUUUUGUGGAACAUUGGAGAAGGUUAAUUAUGCGAUGUGUGUCCACUGUUUCUUAUGCCAUUAAUAUUAAUGGGCGUCCUAGAGGCCGUAUUAUUCCUUCUAGGGGUCUUUCAGCUCUCAUAAAAUCUUCAGUGGAGAAUGGCUCUUUGGAGGGUCUUGCUGUUUCUCGUGGCGGUCCAAAGCUUUCUCAUCUAUUUUUUGCAGAUGAUAGUCUGAUAUUUUGUAAGGCUACUCUAGAUAAUUGUGAAGCCUUGCAAAGAAUAUUGGAAGUUUAUGAAAGGGCUUCGGGUCAACAAUUAAAUAGAGCCAAGACGUCCUUGCUCUUUAGUAGCAAUACAUCACAUGAAGUCCAGGAGGAGAUAAAGCAAAGGUUUGGUGCCCAAGUUAUUAAACAACAUGAGAAGUAUCUUGGUCUACCAUCUCUUGUGGGUCGGAACAAAAGGAGUACUUUUGAUGCCAUAAAGGAUAAGGUGGGGAAGAAAUUGAAGGGUUGGAAGGAAAAAUUUUUAUCAAAGGCGGGUAAGGAGAUUCUUAUUAAGGCAGUGGCUCAGGCUAUCCCUACAUACACCAUGAGUUGCUUUAAAAUACCGGAUGCCCUUUGUGAGGAUCUGACAAGUAUGAUUUGUAACUUCUGGUGGGGACAAAGGAAGAAUGAGAAAAAGAUAGCUUGGCUUAGUUGGGAGAAGAUGUGUGAACCGAAGGCCAAUGGUGGUAUGGUGUUCAAAAAGCUGCAAUAA